AUGGCGAAGUCGAAGUCGUUCUCACCCAAGCCUAUGAGCUUCACGAGUAUCCAAUUCCUCGGCUGCUUAUCGUUCUACCAAAAGUACCCCGACAUCGCGACAAGCUGCUCAUACCAGUUUCGACUGUACUUCCUGUCUAAAGGAUCUAAAGCCCCGCACGAGAUUCAUCUGGCGAAACUCGAGGGAUACGACCUGGACCGGCCGAUCGGGUUCUUUGACAAGUAUGGAUCCUUUGUCCUGGCGCUGAUGCAGAUGGUCAAGUUCAGGAUCACCAUGACUGGAGCCAUUGUACCGCCAUUGGCGCACUUCAAGGUUGCGGAGGGACUCGAGGCCGUCGAAAACCAGUUCAAGUUCGUGAGGGAGGGCUUCGAGCCUCUUGUGGACGACAUGAUCACCUUUAUCGAAGACGAGCAAAAGAACGGAGUCGUAUCUGCAGGUCCAGGACAAGGGCCGCGUCCUUGCUACUUUGUGCCGAAUCGUCACAACAAAACCUCAGGCAGCUAUGGAGGCGCUUGA